GGUAGUGCUGCUGUUUAUCAUCUAGUGAUUUGUCUUCAAGAAACAUAACCUUUUGAUAACGUUGUUCAAACGUUACCUCGGUUAUUUAAUGAAGAUGAAUAUUAUUAAUUUAUUACCUACAUUUUCACGAUUAUCCGUACAUGCUGUAUCCAGCGUUCGAAAUAUAUCAGCAUGUACCAGUCCAUUAUACUUCAAAGUCAGCAAUACGCUUUUAGGAGAACCAUUGAAGAGAAAGAAAAAAAUAGAUCCCGCGGUUGUCAGGGCACGAUUAGAAAGAAAAAAGAAGAAGAUAGAAAAGCAGAUUCGUAGGUUAGAAAAAAUCGCUAAACAACUAAAACCAAUUGACGAAAUAGAAGUGCCACUUAAAUUAAUAGAUGAAAAAGAACAAAGAUUGCGAAAGCUUCCACCACUAUCAGAAAAAGAAGUGGAAUCUAGAGUUUUCUUGCAAAAGGAGUGGACUAAAUACAAAACUCAACAACAUUUAACUAACAUUCAGAUAAUAGAUUCUAUAUUUUAUUCACAACAAAAGGCACUUGACGAACUUAGAGUGGAAUCGGAAGAACUAUAUCAAGAAGCUAUACAAAUGGAUUUAGGACUUUUACCACAUACAGCUAAAGGUCCAUUAAAAACACCAGCAAUAGAAAAUUACGAUAGUCCUGAUGGUGAAUAUAUAGACACUACUCGAAAAUUUGAGGGAGAGGAAUGAAAGUUUAAUGUUGUAGUGAAGAACGAAUUUCAGUAUGUAUCAUAAAACUUUCAUUUUAA